AUGUAUUUCAAUAAUCCGUAUUUCAGGACACAUCUCAGGAUACUUGCAACAACAAUCCAGCACCGGGCUUUCAUCGGCGUCCACGCUUCUCCAUUCCGACGCAUUACCAGUUUUCCUCUCCACACCUUCUUGGCGAUCCUCCUACGACAUGUGCCUGCUCCACGGUACUUUGGACAAGGAUAUUUAUGCAAAUUUCAGCUCCGUAUCGAGUUUCGGCCGGGGCAGAAGGGACUUUGCUAUCUGAGAAGCUACGCUCCUGAGCCGGAUACGAAGGUUUACGAUUCGGAUCCAGGCGAAUUGGGUUACUACAUUGGGCCCGGCGACUUCCGGACGCCGAUUCAGAGCCGCUGGAUGGCCUCUGUGAUAGAGAUGGGCGACAUUAUCACCGAUCACGUCAGGCAACGUCAGGAACAGAAUAACCCGCUAAUGCUGUCCGAAUUGGAUGCGUUGCUUUUGCCUGCAAAGCCAGAUGCUUUUGGCCAAGGGGAUUGGCAUUGCUUCAUUGGUCAGGAGGUAUCGCAUAUCAUGAUGGAAGGCCAAGAUGACGGCGAUUUCUGUCUAACCAUGAGACCACCUGUAACACCGCGAGAAGAAAAGCCCCGUCGCUGGCACCGAGACUUU